AUGUACUCCAGAUUUCAUUGGGCUUUCUUCUUUAUUCUUUCUCUCUUACUUCAAAUAAUAAAUGGAGAUCCAGACUCUUCAUCAUUGAUAUCCAUACAAGCAACAUCUAAAAUAAAUACAACCACAUAUUCAUUAACAACUGAAUCCAGCUCACUAGUAUCUGUAACUUCAACAUCAGCAUCUACACUAACAAAUUUUAUUGUUUCACCAGAAUCCACAUUACCACCAUCAACUAAAUCUAGAUCUACUACAAGUGAACUAUCUCCAUCAGGUCUUGUUGGUAUUGUAGUAUGCAUUGGAGGAACAAUCUUUCUAACAUUAUUAGUACUGCUAAUAGUUGGGGCUGUCAUUUUAAUUGGUAAAAGGUGUGGAUAUGGAAUAAAUGACGAUGUAGUUGUUGUCUUGACUGAUACUCCAACGGAAUCAGUAUAUCCAUCAAUCAUAUCGUCACCAAGUGUGAAAGAGAAUUCAGCUUAUGGUACAAAACUCGUUAAUACAUUGCACACAUCAGAUAGUGGCAUUGCUUAUGCUCAAACAGAAACUGAUAAUGGAUAUGAAUUUAUCUGGUGUGUAUGACGCUAGUACAUCAUCAUUAUUUUUAUUAUUCAUUGCUUUAAAAGGAUUGAUUGAAUAUGUGUAGGAGAAACAUGCACAAUUAUUUACUAAUCAUGCAUUACAUUUCUUGCAUAACAUUCAUAAUUGUAUGAACAAUUGGUUGUUUUAAAGUGAUUAUAAAACUCUUUUGUGAGUAUGCACAUGUGUUUCCUGUACUUUU